UUGGUGUCAUUGAUAUAAACAAUUACAAGUAUUGAUUAGACGAUUAAUGUAAAUAAAUUGCAGUCAAAAGUGUGUAAAAAGUGUACUUUUACAGUUAACUUACCGAUUUAUACUAGUCGUAGGUAAUUGUAAGAUGAAAGCGAAAAUACGCACUCAUAACCUCAAUCAGUUGCACAGUUUUCACAGUAUCAUCAUCUCUGAUAUAUUUAAAAACUUUCAUAAUAAGAAGCGAGGAAACUGACGAUGUGCUAAUGGAUGAUAAAAGUAAUAAGAAAUACGAACCAGGAGAUGGUAUCCGUUCCUUGAAAAGUUCUCCCAUGUUUAGAGCCAUCAACUAUGAACUAUAUGUGAAACCAAAUAAUGUUGUAAUGGCUAUGGGGCUUAUAGCCAUAAGUGGAUGUAUAGGUUACAUAAUUUACAUGAGAUCAAAGUACAAGUCAAUGGGAUAUUAUACAGCAGUUGAAUCGGAUGGAAGUGAAACUUUUAAAAAAAAAACUUCUAAGUGGGAUAUAUAG